AUGGUGUUGAGCAGCGGCUCCGAGGCGGAGCAGCUUUUGGCUCACCGCGAUGGCGCGGUCCGCCAGAGGUUGCUGCUGCGCUUGCGAAGCGACGACCCUGACUCAGACAAACAGGCGUCGCUCGUGGGGGUCAAUGAUGCUGCCAGCCGCGUGGCACAACGGCAACAGCAGCGUCGGGCCAAGCAAGCACCGGAGCCUUCUGGAUCACGAGGGAAGUUGAGUACGCAGACGGGCCCUGACGGCGCUGAUCUGGAUGCAGUGCAGAGGCUUAUCGCUCCAGCACUGAACAUGCUUGUGCAGAACAAGUUUCUGCCUUAUCAAUCAGCACCCGCCUUGCUUCAAUUCCUUAUCGAGGCGAAUGCUCCAAGUCACGUUUGCGCAGCCUUUCAAGCUCAUGAUGCGGGCACAAAACGUCUAUUACAUCUCCUUGGAGGCUCGCCAGGGCCCACUCAGACGUGUGCACAUAGUUUGGUGCGCGCUGUCAAUCUGACCAGCACGCUCCUUGCCUGGUGUGCUCGGCACGCCGCAGAGCUCGAGUCCACCGGUCAAGUCGACCUUGCAGCGUUCAAAGGUGUUGGCAGUCUGACACCGAGCUCCAUCGAUGAUGUCGUGGCCCUAGUUCAGAGUGCCGCCGUUCUGGCACCGCUGGCGGAUCGCCACUCAGAUGCUCCAAAUGCUCUUGGCGCCAUCAUGAAUGCUCUUCACCGCUGGCCAUCCGACAAACCGCGGCGCCUCCCCAUCAGUUUACUGGCGCCAAUUGUAGGCUUGUUGGAGGGCAAACCUUCCACAGCGUCAGGCGCUAGUCCUGACUGGUUUCUGCGUUUCCUCCACUUUGUGGCUGUGCACGUGGCGGCCGACUUGGACCGCCAGCAGUGCGAUCAGGAAACGCGAGUUCGAGCUUCGGCUGGCGAGCUGGAGCUAGCGCCAGAGCAGGCGCAGCUUGUACAACUUCAAGGCUCAUUCUUCUCGGCCUUGCAGGAUCUUUUCUUUGGAGCAACUUGUGCUCGGGCACGUGCAACAACAGCGCGCAUUUUGCAAGCCAUGCCAAGUGGCACGUUACCCAAAAUCUUGGUCCAACAGCUUGGUUUUCAUCUGCAAAGCCCGUCCAACUCCCGGGAGCAUCGUCAGGCCUUUAUACAAGCCUCUGCGCUGUACUUGCGUCCCAGCGCCGCCGCAGAAGCACUGCUCGUCCUGAUGGAAAAAGCCAUUCACGAGGCGUCUUCUGCAGAGUUUGAUGAGCAUUGGCUGGCGUGGGUGCUUGCGUUGGGAGACCUUGUGGCUUCAACGGAGCAUGUCACAGACACUGUCUAUGAUGUGCUGAGCGAUGCGGUAUUGCAUGAGCUGGUGCUAACGGUUGAGCGCCACGAUAGCCAUGCCACUUUGGAUGCCUAUUUAGCUGCUCAGCCGGCGGAUGCCAUUGCAACUCCCCUUUAUCAAUUGCUCAGCAAAGCACGCCUUGUCUCAGCCGGCAAGGUCCAAGCUGCUUCCCAAGUCCUUGAGGAGAGCAAUGACCGCCCACCAUCGUCAGCCUGCUCGCACAGCUCUGAGCACCUGGUUACGAGGCACGGCUAUGAUGCGCAGGGUCAUCCGCGAGCCACAGUGUUGCAGCGCUUUGCUACUGCCUUGGAGGAUCAGCUGGUUGCCCGCAUUUUGCGGGCCACCGAUGCUGAAGCUCGCUGUAAUGGCUUGCUCUUACUGCAGCCAUUUGCGCCUGAGCUGUCACAGUAUGGUAGCAAUCUCAAGGUGAGUACGCACGUGUUUGCUCAACCACGCUCUCUUGUCAGCAUUGAGUGGAUGACACUCACGCUCGAGUUGGCCACGUGGGUCAGUAGCUUACACGGGUGCUGUUACUAUCAGGCGGUUUUAGGCGUGUUUGUAGAGGACGAGGCGUCGAACGUGGCUGCCGCUGCCAUGGAUUGUCUGCGCCUUUUGGGUAUUUGGCAUCCGUCAAUCCUGGCUCGUGUCCUCGCGUUUGCUUACAGCAGCAACGCGACCUUGCGCGAGGCGGCCCGAAAAUAUGUCCUCUCGUUCCAAAGUGUGCACAUUGCUACGGCUGGUGCUGAGGCCGACGUGCGGCCUGCUAUCGUGACCUUGGCCCUUGAAGAACUGGCGGGGGUGGCGGUCGAAGGUCAAUUGCGCCUUGCAGCUCCGCGCCCAGCUGACGCCUGCGAGGUCACGACGUUGGCGCUGGAGGUGCUUGAUGCUGUCACGGGCUGGCAGGUUGAACGAGGCUGCAUGCACGAUGCCUUUCAAGUCAUGGGUGCUGUAGAAGCCUUUGUGGGCAAGCGGGCCAAGUUCGCGCCCGUGGCGGCCCAGACGCGGGCGUGGACAAUGCUGACGAACAACCGACAGUUGACGCCUGACUUUUUGCAAUGGAUCAUGGGUCAUGUGCGAAGUAGCCGGGCAGCGCUCGAGGGCGCGCAGACGGACGGCUUGUUAGCUGGUCUCGGCAGUGGUCAGAUCGACCGAGACGCGCUGGUGCAAGCGGUGUGUGGCCUCGAGCUCUUGGGUCCCCAAGACUUUGAAGUCGUUGUGGCGUUUGCGGCCGCCAAUCCCGCUGCUGCGCCUUACUUUGCUGGUCCAGUUUGCCGUUACCUGGCUCAGGCGCCACAGCAUCAGCGUGGCAGUGCCGGCGAGCGGUUGCAGGGCUCCAAAACGGGUGGUGCGUUGCCCUUGUUGACAAAGGUGAUGCUCACACCAGAAACGGAUGUAGAAGCACAGCGAGCAUUGCAGGGCGUUCUGGCUGCACCCGGUCGUGAACAGGCGAUGGUACAGCAGGAGCUGGCCUCAAAGGCCGAUCCUCUCGGUGCAACGAAAGACGACUCCGGGGAAAUGGAUCCGUCGGCAUUCACAGUGGCACCGGAAUUUGAGCAGAUGGCCAUGCCUCAGUUGCCUCAAACCGGCAAGGCAUCGCGUGACGCCUUUUUGUCUUUGGAGCGACAAGUCGAUCGCCUAACCCAGACCUUGGCGGAGUGCCAAGAACAACUGAGGCUGGCACGCGAGCAGGCAGAGGGCUUGGAUGGCGAGCUGGUCACGGCCCAAGAGCAGAAUCUAUUCUUACAGGAGCGCUGCAACCUACUGGAGCAAAAGGGCGCACAGCAGCGCAUGGCUUUUGAAGCAAAGCUACGGCGUACAUGCGACCAAUUGGGGGUCGGUGUGGAGGAUGGCAAUGGACGCAGCGUUGAAGCGUGGUCGGCCCCGGGCCAUGAUGAUGCGAGUACGGCGCAACUGGAGCAAAAGCUGCAGCAGCAUGCAGAACAACUACGGCAACAGCGCGAGCAGGAGCUGGUCGCUCUCUUUGGGCAAAUGGACCCGGCUCGACUGCGCCAGACCGAGAACUGGUCGGUAUCGGGCUAUGGAGUCGAGGCUGUGGAUGGUGAGGACAUGACCGUGGACCUUGCUGACUUGCCAGUAGCAGAACGAGUCAAACUGCUAGAGAUGCGAGUCAAGCGCGAGGAGGAAUCGUUGCAACGGGCUCGAGCUUUAACUGUUCAGAUGAAGCAACAGCGCCAACAGCGACGCGUGCCAUCUCAGGCGGAGGGUAAAGACGCCGCAGCAGGAAGAGAUGGGGGCUCUCGGAUCGCUGUGCGAGCACGCCUGACCGAUGUGGCCAGCCUACGGGCUUUGAUGGCGCCUGUGACCCAGGCAGUGACCAUGUUGCGGAGCCUGGCUAAUGAGGUGGAUGCCUCGGAGCCACAUGAGGGUGUGCAGCGCGUCUUUCAAUACUUGCUGGCGCACUCGUUGCGGGGGGCGACCGGCUUUGUGGAACAACUGGCAGCAGCAGGCACGGGCGGUGCCUCUGAUGCGACGAUGGGCGGAGGGGACUUCCGACUUCCGACUUUGGACGAGGCGACGGGGCAAAGUUUGGGUCGUUGCGCGCAGCUACUGUCAAUGGCGGGAGACUACGGGCUCCAGAGCUGGGGACGCCGUGAACUCUCGGCGGAUACGCGGGGCACACUUGAGUCCCUGGGGUUAUCGGCGUUGCCUACGGCGGGUAUGUUGGCUCAGCGUGGAGGCGAGGUGUUUGAGGCCAUUUUGCAUCGGGCGCAGGCGUUGCAGCAGCUGUAUCCUACGUCGCGUGUGAGUGCCGAUCUUGAGACUGUGCGGGUGGCUAUGGCACGGGCAGCCGAGCUGGAUCCAGUGCUUGCUCCACGGCUGCGACGAACUGCCGAGCUGGUCUUUGAUCGGCUGGCGCACCUGUGGCCAUCGGCAGCCUUUAUGCCCGGCUUACAUUUGAGGAGUUUUCGUUGCAGUAUGCUGGUGCCCAAGUCCAAGGGUGUGGGUGCAACACCGGCGCCCGGUGACGACAGCGAUUCGUCGGCCUCAGAACCAGAGCACGAGGUCGGGGCGAAGGACACGUCGUUGCCCGCGCGACCUGGGGCUGGGACCGGCGGAGGUCCGUCGGCUCCUCGGAAGGGGCGGGCAGCAUUGCGUCGCCAAUUACCGGUGUUUGAUGUUCAGGCCAAGACGGCGGUGGCUACGGUCGCGUUGCCAGCCAAGGUUUACUGUUUUGAACGCUGUUUAGUCCUGGUUAGGCGACAUGGGGCUGGCCGGAAGUUGGAAGCCUGUUUGGAAUGGCCAGUUCUCACCCUAGAACAGUUGCACGGCAAUCUGCCCUUUGCUUUGCUCAAAGCGCCGGCGCCAGGAGCCGGGGUUAUUACGAUUCGCUUCAAGCAGACUCUGGACGUGACACAGCUCCUCGAUUUGGCUGUGAGUCGGCGCCAGGCCGCUCUUGCAGCCUGUGAUUAG